GCGUUCGCCAGGCACUUAUGACUUACAUUAUUAUUGCUGUCUAGUAUCCGUCGUCUACUUUACCUAUAAAACCCCCGAAGUGUCAAUCCCGGUCCCUUCGCUUUCCACGCAUCGCCCUCUUCGAUACUCGACCGACUGCCCGACCGAAAAGCGAACAGCUACACUCCCGAAAUACACACCCACCCCGGACACGGCCACUCUUCGUUGCCAUAGCCCACCACAACCGUCGCAUCGUUGCCGAACCGAAGCCCCCCGAAACACUGCCACGCCCGCCUACGCCCACGCACACGCCGCCCAUGCCGACUACAUUGCUUCUCGAGAGUCUUCCGUUGGAAGUGCUCCACUGCGUUCUAUCGAGUCUCACCGCGUCGGAACUAGUCCGCGUUCGGUCGACGUCGGUGCGGCUUCGCGACCUGGCCACGGCGAACAUCCACUGGCGGCGGUGCCUGCUGUCCGACGUGGUGCCCGUGUUCGCAGCGCUGAGCGACGUGGCGGCGAUCCCGCCGCGGACGUGGUCGUUCUCGCUGAGCCACGACGGGUGGUUCCGCGCGUACCGCGAGCUGCAGCGGGUGGCGCAGGAGCCGUGGUUGAAGCGCGACGAAGACCUGAUCGGCGGGCCGUGGAUGGUCUAUUUCAAACACCACCUGGAGGAUCGCGACCUGGUCGGCGUAGAGGAUCCACACGCCCUGAUCGAGUUCACCGCCGAGAGACUCGCCGUUUGGGUCUCUGGCAUACCGCUGCAUAAUCGCCGCUGGUGGCUGCAGGAGGAUGAGGAGGGCGUGGUCAAGAUGCGAGUCACCGCAUACCCGCCCAACGAGCCGGGACGCGAGCCCAUCUCGCUCUGCCGGAGCCUCGAGCAUUCCACGGUCCUCAUGGUCUCCGACGCACCGGAGUUUUUGGACGCGCUUGUCACGCUCAACGACGAGAUAUUGGACGAGGCGGCACGCACAGGACAGAUAACGCCAACGGAGUUGGCAACGCGGCAGAACGCCAUGCUGGAGGCGAAGCAGCUCGUGCCGUCCGACUACGAAUCGAGACACCAGCGACUGCGGCUGUCGCUCGGCCUCGGAAGGGAGGUUCUAGACGAUGAUGACGAGCCGGAGGAUGAGGUAGGUUCCAAGUGAUGGCUCGGUGGAGGACUUUUACGAAGACUCCUACUACGAAGAUGGAGAUGGGGAAGAUGGGGAGCUUGGCAACGGCAACG